UUCGACAUCGAUCCGUCACGGUGACACGGCAGCCAAUCAACCGUCGUGACCCCCGGCACUGCGAUUAACCUAUCGCGUCAAAAACGACAGCAGCAGCAGCUACUUCCCGCUAGCACCGCCGCGCUGCAGGUCUGUACCAACUGGCUGGUCUUUGAUACUUCUCGUUCUUUCCGCAGACAGCGACUCUUUUCUCCCCUCAACGAAGCACAGCACAGACCGACAGCCCUAUCGACCAACCACCCGCCCGCCCCGACGCCCGACCCUCCAGCCACCUUUGAAAGGACCACAAUCCAAAGCACACCUUGGUAGCCGCCUCUGCUUCUGAGAAAUCGUGUCGUGCUCGAAUUUCCUUCGUCACCACCACCAUCAGUGCCUCCUGUCCACCCCCGUUCCUCCCGACUGACCACUCACAGCCGUACAGCAUCACGAGCAGCAGCAGCAGCAGAAUCUCAUCGCAAACAACAGUCCGUCGUUGCAAAUGUCUGCCCUUCCACCCGGCUGGACCCCCGACCGUCCCUCACCCCUACCGGUGACCCCAAGCUCUGCCCGGUUCCGCCGUCCCGAGCCCCCAUCAGCCCACAGUCUCCACAGCCACGCACCGGUGACGCCCUCGCCGCUGUCCCCCUUCUCGACCACGCCCCCACAGGCCGUCACCUCGUUCUUCAAUGCGGCUCCGCCAAAGACCCCCCGGCAGCCGUCGGCAUUCCCGGGGAGCCACUACUACCGUGCCCCACGGAGCGCCAUGACCUCGCCCUGUCGCUCAAACUACUCCUCGCCGUCGGUAUCCCCCACGCGGUCGGGGCGUCGCUCGCGGAUCCAGGCCCUGCUGGCUACCGACCCGUUGUUGUCGCGGCUGACCCCCACUGCCCUGCGGGAGAUGGCCAACGACCCCGAGCUGGGCUUCACAGCCGAAGAGAGGGCGUGGAGCAUGCGUGCUGCCGAGGGCAUCACCAGGGUUGGCGAGUGGCUGCGGGAGGUCGAGGGGUGGAAUAUCGCCUGGGGUAGGGGAAGCAAGAACGGCGAUGGCUACUUGCCGCCGGAGCCUGGCAUGCGGAGGAAGCGCCGCAAGAUGAGUCUGCGCAAGGACUCGGUCGAGGAGAUGCGGACUAUUUCUGAGGAGGAGGGCGAGAGCCCCGUCGGUAAUUUGGGAGCGUACUCCAGCGUGAACGAGCCCGACAGUCCUACUCCUGGCAGUGCUGCGGAUCGGAUGGGCGAUCUGAGGGUCAACCGCGGAGGGAAGCCGUUGACUCCGAUGCAGCUUAAGAUGCAGAAGAGAGCGGCGGUGGCCAUCGCGGGUAAAUCGAACUCCCCGCCAUUACCGUCUACGCCUCAGAAACACGCCGCUCCGAGGUCUUUUCCGGAAGCGUUGGCGGCCAGCACUAAUGGCUCGCGAGCUCCAUCGACACCGGUCCACAGCCAGCACCUCGCCGUGAGGGAAGAGUCUGACGAGGAGGAGGAUGAGAUCGACCCGGAUGACUACUACGGCUCGCUCGCCAAGGUGACCGUGAGGUACUACGAACAGCGCAUCGAAGCCAUCACCGAAGCAGUCGAAGAACUGGACGUCGAAGGACUGAAAGGAAAGGUUCUCUCCUACCGCACCGGUAUCGAAAACCCGCUCACCUCGUCGUCGGCCGUCAUCGCCGCCACCACCCUGCAGCUCCUGCCGCCACUGCACCGGCUCAUGAAGCUCCUCUCGAUCUGGGCGAUCCGCCUCGCCGUCCUCAAGAUCGUCCCCGUAUUCCUUCGCUGGCUCGGCAAUGCCCAGGACGCCCUGGACGCCGGCUACGAAGCUAUCCGCAUCCCCGCCAUCGCCGAUGGGUCGCAGAAGCUCGACGAGGAGAUCUUUGCCGUGAUGGCUGAGAACAUUCAGCAGCGCGUCACGGCGGCCGGGAGGAUUAUGGAUUCUAUGCUUGACGCGCUGGAGGGGCGCGAGGACGUGCUGCCCGAUAAGUGGAUCGGCGAGCUAGAAGAUAUUGAGGAGGGCGUCAGUAGCUGGGAGAUGGAUGCCGAACGCGUCGUGUUGGAGGGGCGGCUGCGAGAAGUCAGCAAGGCUGAAGAGUUCCGGAAUGAGAGGGAGAAGAUGCAGCUCGUCAUGGAGGGCGAGAGGGUGGCGGAGAAGGCGCGCGAGGAUGAAGACGCCGUCGAGGAUGUUCUCGAGAAGGUGGGCGAGCUCGAGCGCGGCCUCAUGGAAGCCCUCGAAACCCAGGAGGAUGUUACCCAAGGAAUCGAGAUCGAGGGCCAGACUUCGGAUUCCGAGCCGGAGGAGGAGUCCAUCGGGUUGGGCCUCGACAAGAGCUUACUCAUGCGCCUACGCGGAGUACAAUCCUCGGAGAUCGAAGCGGACCGCGGGAGAAGAUGGAGGCGUACCAGCAGUGUCGGAAGCCUGGCUGAAGUGGCAAGCAGCCCGAUCAAGAGUCCGGACAUGGAUACGGGACGGCUCCGCAGCGAGGCCGAAAACAGGGAGGGGACUGAGCGGAGAAGCUUCUUUGAUAGCGCUUUUGGCGAGCGGCUCAAGGACUGGUCAAUGGAUGAUGCCGUAUCGCCGUCGUCGCCGACGAUCGUCAUUACUGGGUUCGAUGUGCCGAAGUCGCCUAAGGGCUCUGCGCCGAAGGAGGUCAGCUCGCCCGAGAGGGACCCGCUCACUAUGAGGGAGGAACCCGCGGAGAAGGAAAUCGGACCGGCGGCGGCAGCUCUCGUUUUGCACACUUCCGGAUCAGGUCCACUGCCUGCUGCACCCCAGCCCGAAAUGUCAGCGGAUGCUAGCUUUCCCUGUGCCCCGAUGGAGGAUAAGGCUCUCUUGUCUGCGCCCACGUAUCCAGACGCCGAAGAGUCGGAGCAGUUCAUGACACCCCCGUUGGGUUUCGGAGAGCUGGCGGCUCACACCCCCACUUCUGUCGUGAAACUCCCCGGAACGCCGGAGAGCGUUGAUCAGGAGGUGGUGGUGGUUCCGGCUUUAACGACUCGCGCGGAUGCGAUUGGUGAUGAUAAGGCUUUGGCAGCUGUCGUGGAGGAGGCAUCGGCUGAAACACGAGCGAAAGUGGAGGAAGUGGAGGAAGAUGGGCUGGAGAUAGGAACCCCCGAAACUUGGACGGAAGAUGUUGUGCCGGAAAAGGAACCUGUUCAGCUUGUUCAGCCCGCGCAAGCUACUGCCCACGAGCAAUCUGCGGAGGAGGAUAUUCCCGCGAAGUCGAUUCCGACAGCCGAGGAGUCCGAGGAGUUCGAGGAGGCCGAUGUCUUUAGCACUCCCGCCGAGGAAAAGGCGGUGGAACUUACUCUCCUCGACCGGAAAGAACAGAAAGAAAAUGUCGCCCCAGUCGCGGUCGCGGUCGCAGCGGCGGUAGAGCCGGCGGUCUUGAUCAUUGCGGAAACGCCCGCUGAGGCGGAGGCGAAGGCGAUCGCUGUCGUGGAAGAACCUGCGGCGGAGGAACGGGAGGUCGCUGCUCCCGAGCCGGAAGUAAAUGUCGCCCCCGAGGAGACGCCGGAGGAGCAGCAGGAGACGGAAGAGGGCUUGCAGAGGGGGGUCUCGCCGAUGGCAGGAGUUACGGACUCGGUGAUCGCUGCGGCCGAAGAAGAUGCGGAAACGUCGUCCGAUGUGGAUCUAGUCGAGGAACGGGAGGUCACUCGCGUCGAAGAGCUGGAUGCCGUUUCGGGCGGGGAUAUCGCUUUCUCGCGGUCCGAAGAGGAGACAGAAGAGCAUCGGGAUUCCGUUCCUGUGGAGGCAGUCACGACGGUCGAGGAAAUUACGGAAAAGCAACCCACCGUGGCCCUCGUCGAAGAACAGGAUAUCACUCGGGUCGAAGAGCAGGAUGCUAUUUCACCUAGGGAUAUCGCCUCCUCGCGGUCCGAAGAGGAGACGGCAGAACAUCGGGAUUCCGUUUCGGUGGAGGCGAUCACGCCGGUCGAGGAAGUCAUCGAGGAAGUCACAGAAAAGCAACCUACCGUAGCCGCCGUCGAAGAGCAGGAGAUGGAUCAACCCAAAGAGAGGCUUGAACAGCAGGAUGAGGAAACCAUAGAAACCACGGAACCGCAACCCGGAGCUAUUCCGGUCGAGAAGCUACAGCUUGUUGAGCCAUUGGCGCAUGUUGCUUUGGUCCGGGAAGUCGCUUCUGUCAACGAACCUGUGGAAAUGCAGUCUGAGGCUGGGAGGAUAGAGGAGGAGGCGGAGGAGGUGGAGGGGCAAAGGGAUAUCGAGCCAGUGGUAGCAAUGGCCGCGCUUCAGGUAUCCGCGCCAGCCGAGGAAGCCACGGAAAUGUACCGUCAGAUGGCUUCCGUCGAUUCCGUCGAGAAAGAGGAUAUUAUCAAGGCUGAGGAUAAGGAGAAGGUGCCAGUGGUCACUACUACUAAAGAUGGGCUCGAGGAACCGUCGGUUGUCGCUGCCGCUGAGGAGAGGCCCGCCAGACUACAAAUCGCGCCGGUGGAGGAAGUCGCGCCAGUGGAGGAAGUCGCGCCAGUGGAGGAAGUUACGCCAGUGGAGGAAGUUGCGCCAGUCGAGGAAGCCGUGCCAGUGGAGGAAGUCGCGCCAGUGGAGGAAGUUCUGCCAGUGGAGGAAGCCGUACCAAUGGAGGAAGUGGCGCAGGCCCAGGAAGUCUCCAAGGCCGAAGAAAUCACCGAAACGCGACCCGAGGCGGAAACUGACGCGGAAUGCGAGGUCGCCCAGGCUAAGGAUAUGCUGGAGGAGCAACAAGCUGUCGCGCCCGUUGAUUUCAGUGAGUCUGAGCUAGCCUCGAUUGAAGAGGGCGAUGAGGAUGCAGAGGAUGGGGAUGAGGAAGAGGAGGAGAAAAAGAUUAUCGCACCGGUGGAGGAUAUGGUUUCUGUCGAAGAGGUGGUCCCGACACUCCCGGCUAAGGAACAAGACAUCGUACCGGCCGAGGAGGAGUUGGACGGGCAACAGGUGGUUGAAGCAGUCGAUCCCGUGGUUUCCGUCGGCGGUGGUGACAUUGUUGCAGAAGCACCGGCGGCUGUAGCAGUGUCGGUAUCUUCUCUGGUGGCCGCUGCGGGGCUCGGGCAGAUUAUCGUCGCGGAAGAGAAUGCUGGUAAGACCGAAGCCCUUCCCAUGGCUCCUGAAUCCGCCACCGAGAAGACGCCUGUGCUACCCGAGCCUAUUCACGCCGUUUCCGAGAUUGCCGACGUUGAGACGGUCGAAGAUGAGACGGCCGAGGCUGAGACAGCCGAGGAAGUUGUCAUUGAUACUCCUCUUGUCGCCUCUGUCGCAAGCGCCCGUAUCGGCCCGGUUAUCGCGGGUAAUCUUCAAGAGGACACCCGUAUGGAGAAGGUAGAAGUUGUACAGAAAGUCGAGGAGCAGAAGGAGGCGGUGACGGAAGAGAAGGGAACCACUGCGGAGUCAGUGCAGCUGGAACGGAUCACUCCUGCUACAACCAUCGCGGCUGAACUGGAAGAGGCUCCCAAAGAGGAGAAGUCCACAGUCAAGCCGCAAGAGGUCUCGCCUGCUGUCUCGUCGGCGGACGAGGUCACGGAGCCAGCUGCUGCUCAGACCCCGGCUGCAGCCGCUGGUGUUGAUAAGAGCGCUGAGGAAGAGACCACGGAUACGGCUGUUUCGGCUGAACUAGUUGUCAAGGACGCUCCUGUGGUUGAAGCGCCCGCCGCUGCCGAUGAGGAAGACACAAUCAAGCCAGCCCUGGUCCUUAAGCCUGUGGAACCUAAGGAGAAAGAUUUGGUCCUACUUCCACUCCAGGAUGAGGUGAGCGUUUCGACACCGGCGGAAGCUGUAGAAUCAGUCGUGGAGACCGUGCCUGCGGUUGAGAACAAGCUGGGAAUUCUGAAUGGCUCCACAACCGAGGCACCGCGUAUGGUCGUCGCCGAGAAUGAGACCACAUCGAAUGAGAGCGAGAAACCUAUCUUCGACCUCUCGCCCGGAAAGCUCUCUCACAUUCAAUCCGUAAGGCUCAUGUUUGAAGGGAUGGCAAGUCGGCCGCAGCCUGCCGAACCCGUUACCCCGUCUCGUGGAAAGUCUAUUGGAACGCGAAAACGGACUUCCGAGGACUCGGAUCGAGACGAACGGGCUAUUGAGAUCUCAAGAACUACUUCUAGACAGGCGACACCAGUCGUUGAUGAGGAUGAACGAUAUGAAUCAUCGCCUGAAAGGUUGCACGCUUCUCUUCUACCCUCGGUCUUCGACAGAGCCCCGGAUUUCGGAGACGUCGGACGUAACGUCAACCCGGGACACGGGUUUGGCGAAGCUUUUGCUGAUAUCGACGAUGAGACCCUUUCCGAUUUCGAUCGUGUGGUGGAAGAAGACGAGGACGAUAUGGACUACGAUGCUAGCAUGUCGGACAUCGGCCAGUUCCACAUAGGCUCGUCACCACCAAAGUUUGAGCUCAGCAGCCCAAUGCUGCCGUCUCCUCGUUCGGUUGAUGGAGAUGAUAGUCCAUUCACUCCCUACCGCGGUCAAGGUUUCCUCAAUGCAUCUACUCCCGGCGACGACUCAUUUACCGGAUUUGACGACUUUGAGGCGCCACCCGCUCCCACCUCUGCCCCUCCUCCUCCCGCUCCCCUUGGUCGCCGUAACAAAGCGCAUGACCUUCCAAGCAUCAUGGAGUCUCAAACUCCUCGCUCAAUGCAGGAGGAAUGGGGAAGCCAUGCGAAAAAGUUUCUUGGGGGACAUCCUAUGCAACCCAGUCGGUCGAAAUCGCCGAGCGAUGGAAGGGAUGAUGGCUCUGUGAAAUUCAAAGCGAAGGGAAAGCCUGCGAGGAAGCAGGUUCAGUCGCUCUUUUCCACCUCACCGCCAGCUUCAGAGGUUAACGACGACUCAACCACCACCCUGCCCGAGAUCGAUGGUGCACACGUACUGUUGCCAACUCCCGUAAAACGAGGAAUGUGGGCCCAGGCAUCCCUCAGCCAUCCGUUCGGCUUGGAUAGCAGCCCAGCCGGUGCCAGCGAUAUCUCUGGAAAUGAGCCAAGUUUCGCUCGGGGCAACAGUCCAGACUACGAUAUCCCGGCCGGGCCUGCCAUCAGGCUGCCCAAACGUGGCGGUGCACGGCCGCAGCAAUCCUACAUCAGCACUGUCACGCCCGAAAAGCGCCAACAGCGUGACCGUCCAUGGCUCGAGAAUUCCACCGCCAACAUGCAAGAUGUGCCUAAGGGACCUUCCACUCCUCCGCCUAGAGACCCGGAAGUCGAAAUGGAUGAGAGGAUCAACGAACUACUUAUGAGCCUCCCUAGAAAGGUUAAGCUCACUGCUUCGAACCUCCAGAAACUCAACGACAUGGUCAAGAAGCCGCCCGCACGCCCAUGGCAAUCUAGCAUCCCUGCGCCAAAGUCCGUUGUCACGUCCGCGAGCUCGGGCAGUCAACCGGGACAUGCCAGGACCAAUUCUCGCCGUCACAACGCCAGCGUGCAAGGGGACAUCAAGUGCUAUCACCUUCACCGCAACGAUGAUCAGCCGCCAAUGAAGCUCUAUGUCCGCCUUGUCGGCAACGCAAGACUGGUCUGCCGUGUAGGAGGAGGCUGGAGCGAUCUCGAGGAGUAUCUCAAGGAAUGGGCUCUCCACCAUGGAAGUAAGAUGAGGGCUGUUAGUGAAAGCGUUCUUCAAAUCGAGGAGAUCCCAUCCCACAAGGCCCCUUCAGGUCAGCCGAGUCAGCGUAACCUCCGCCAUAGCGCCAGCAACUCUAGUGUGGGCCAGCAUCAGAGAAGCCCAACACCAAAUGGGUACCUGCGGAGUCCAACCCCGACAUACGGCAGUCGGCCGGGCAGCUCGAGUGGCGAGCGAGGCAAGAGGAACGCCUCGCCGAUGUUCUCGAUCACUGCAGCACCGAGACGUUCUAUCUCGCCCCAUGUAACACCUAUGUUACUCCCCGGCCAGCCGGAGUCUCCGUCCCAUGCAUCCAGGGUGGGAGGGUCACUUGGCCCAUCGCCAAUGCUCAGAGGUCCAAAGACACCAACUAGCGACGGGUUUUCCGGACUUGGGCUGACACCUUCUCCCCCGUCCGGACCCUCUCGCCCCGCAUCACGUGGCCCUCCAUCGGGAUCGCGCCCAGGUUCUAGUGGAUCAUCAUUCGCCGGCCUACGACGACAAACCAGCCGACUCUCCUUCUCCGAAAGUGCCACCGACGAUCGGCCACCGCUCGGGCUCGCUGGACCCCGAGGUGGUGGAAAGAAUGUUACUCCCGAGCACCAAGCCUGGGUUGAGGGAAUGCUCGGUCAGGUACGCAGAGUUAGUGGCUCCCGCGCAAUCUACAGCUCUGCCAGCGAGGUCGGCGGCAGCGUCGGCGGCAGUGCCUACGGAGGCAGCGUAUUCGGCGACGAAGAACCGCAGCCCGAGCUCCGGCCGCAGCAGACGAGACCACACACCUCCAUGGGACGACCACAGACGUCUCUCGGCCGGCCGCAGACCGCAGCCGCAGCCGCAGCAGGAAGAAGGCGCAGCGGAUCGGCGAGCAUCGUCGCGCCCGGCAGACGCAGGAGUGGCAGCGCAAGCCUUGUGCAGGCGCAGCGAGAGCGCGAGUUGAUGCCGCGCGAGCAGAGCGUGAAGGAUAGGGAUAGGGAUAUUGCGGUGUCGCCGGAGGAGCCGGCGCGGGCUGUGGGACAGAUUCAGGUGCCCAGGACAAGGUCGAGCGUGGCUGGAUCAGCUAUCGGUACGGCGGGUACGGCCGAGACAAGGAGGGUCUUUCUCAAACGCGGUGAUGGAGGCGCGAUUAGGGGCGGUGGUGCGAGGAGGGCGAGCAGAGGGAGCAGUGCUCUGCCAAGGCCGAGUUCGAGGCUCGAGUGAGUGGGAAGGAAGGGGGGAUUGGAUUGGAUUGUAUUAGUAUUUGAUGAUUAUUGUUUAUUACCCAGGAAACUCUGUUUAGCGAUGCGUUGCAUGGGAGGGCGUUUUUAUACA